AUGGGUAUUCAUUCGUACUUCCAUGGGUGUUCAACUGUACAACUUGCAGUACUGUUGGCUUUGGCUUGCUCAGUUGCCUUUGCCGCAGACCCGAACCCGCUGCAGGAUUUCUGCGUUGCUGUUAAUUCCACCAAUGAUGCUGUGUUCGUAAAUGGAAAAAUCUGCAAAGACCCGCAACUCGCAACAGCAGAUGACUUCUUCGCAUCCGGGAUCCAUAUGCCCAGGAACACCUCAAACCCGCUGGGCUCACUAGUCACCAUCUUCAACGACGACGUCGUUCCGGGGCUCAACACUCUCGGCGUCUCCAUAGCCCGCGUCGACUUCGCCCCCGGCGGCGUGAACCCGCCGCACUUCCACCCCCGCGCUUCCGAGAUCUUAGAUCCUGUUUUUCCAAUGGGUCUCAUCCACUUCCAGCUCAAUCUCGGCAACACCAGCGCGGUGGCCAUGGCCAGCUUUGGCAGCCAAAAUGGGGGUGUCACCACCGUCGCAAAUACUAUCUUUGGUUCAAACUCGAGCAUUGACCCUGACGUCCUCACCAAGGCCUUUCAACUGGACGAGGACGCCGUUGAACGUCUUCAAAACCUAACGUGGUUUUCCAACGCUCUCUAA